AUGUUUGCAGCUGGCCUGACGAAGGGCUGCCUGGCACCUGAGCGGCAUGCGGUGACGGCAGCCGCGUUGCUGCUCGCCGCCCUCAGCCGCAACGGCCACCAUCGAGGCGGCUGGGGACUGUGCGCGCGUCAUAGAAGCAGCACAUCUGAGGAAAACGGCGAGCGCAGCGACAGCAGCAGCGGCGUUGCAACAG